AUGCUGGUGACGCAAGGUCAUCAAUUAGCUGCGGUGCGAAUGGAAGUCGAUGGCGUGAACAUUGCACGGGCGAAGCCUGUCAUUAUUGAGAAGCUUAUCCGGCACGACAACGGGACUGGGGAUGGUCAGGAUGUUGAUUUGUCGAGUUACAUUGAGCAAUGGGGAUAUAUGGGUCCUCUCCUCAUGGCAUACUACAAUUUCUAUCGCAUGGAUAUGUAUGCCAUGUUGAUGGAAUUUGCCACAGGGCCUGGGAAAGCAGAACCUCGUGCGCUGCGACUGCAUCAUGCCUGCGCAUCUGUGGAUUAUGACACGGGCAGAGUCACCUUCUUGAACGGGGUGACUGCCACUCACGAUCUGAUCGUUGGGGCCGACAGUAUCGGGGUAAGCUCAUCUGCACCCAGGACAAGCGCAUCAAUUAAUCAAUACGCACUUACAGUCCGUCGUCCGCCGCACCCUAGAAUCUUUCUCGGAAAAAAGCGAGAAACUUCAACCUCCUACCACCGCAUCAUCCCAACCUCCGAAAUCCACCGCCUCAAUCUCUCCACGCCACCCAGAAACGGCCUUGAGUAUUGGGGCGGCCAAGGGCUCGACAAGAUCAUCGCAGCAGCCUGCCGCAACGGCGAUAUCCACUCGUUCUAUACAUUCUUCCCCCUCACCAAUUCCAGUUCGGCAGGCGAGGGAUGGAAUUUUGCCGGAACACGGGAGCAACUGCAAGCGCCGUUCUCCAAGCUCGAUCCAACGCUAAGAGCACUCUUUGAUCACGCGGUUGAUAUCAAGCCGUGGAACUUGUGCGUGCAUAGCCUGUAUCCGUAUUGGACAAAAGGGCGCACAUGUAUUAUGGGCGACGCAGCGCGUUCAAUGCUCCCGGAUCAGAGCCAGGGGGCGUGUCAGGCUAUUGAGGAUGCGGCGGCGUUGGAGAUUAUUUUUGGGCCGUUGUACAGCUACACAACAGAUGUGGGGGCGGGGCUGAGACUGUACGAGCAAAUUUGGAAACCUCGUACGAGUAAGGUGCAAGCAGCAAGUGCACGAGCAAGAGUAGAUCUAUCUGAGAGGAUCGACUUUUCUUCGCAGAAAGGGAGCAAGCUAUACGAGGUUGCUGACAAGAACAAGAAACUAACUAUUGAGGUAUGA